AAUCUUCAUUUAUAAUGGAACAGAGCCUUAGCUUGUUAGCCACUACUCAUCUUCUUCAACACACUCUUAGAAGCCUAUGUGUUCAUCAUAGCUCGCAAUGGGUCUAUGCAGUGUUUUGGCGGAUCCUCCCUCGCAAUUACCCACCUCCAAAAUGGGAAAAUCAAGGAGCUUUUGAUCGGUCAAGAGGAAAUUGGAGAAAUUGGAUUUUGGUGUGGGAAGAUGGUUUCUGUAAUUUUGCUGCGUCGGAGGCUGCCGGAGACUUUCCGGCGCCGUCGGUGGUGUAUGGUGUACAACCAUGUCGGGGUUUACAACCGGAGCUGUUCUUCAAGAUGUCACACGAGAUCUACAAUUAUGGAGAAGGAUUGAUCGGAAAAGUGGCGGCGGAUCGAAGCCAUAAAUGGAUUCAUAAUGAACCCAAUGAUAAUCAAGACAUUAAAUUCUUACCCACAUGGCAAAACUCCGCCGACUCCCAUCCUCGUACCUGGGAAGCUCAAUUUCAGUCGGGCAUAAAGACUAUUGCUUUGAUUGCGGUGAAAGAAGGUGUUGUCCAAUUGGGAGCGGUUCAAAAGGUGACGGAAGACUUGAGUUUCAUAGUACAAUUACGAAAGAAAUUAUGCUACAUCGAAAGCAUUCCGGGUGUUCUAUUGCCUCAUCCUCUAUGUUCAUCGAUUCCUUCUUUUCCUGAUGUCGGGGCAUCCACCGCAACGGCGUACGAGAGCCCGGAGAUGGGGUGGUUCCAAGGGAGCGGGUUGGGAGGUCCGGUUGAGAAUUUAAUGUACAAUAAUUUCAACCAGCAGCUAAGAAUAACGCCAUCUAUGAGUAGUUUGGAAGCGCUGCUGGCAAAGCUACCGUCAGUGGUGGCGCCGGCAGGAGAAGAGGUGGUGGUACGUCCCCAUCAGCAUCAGUCGGAGAGCUCGGCGCAGAGAACUUUGGAGCUUUUGGCAAUGGAAAAGGUUGCGAAAGUAGAGAAUCAUGACGACGACGACGACAACGACGACGAUCAGGUGGUUUAUUCACAACUCCUCCGUCGUUAUCAUGAUUGUGAUAUAACUACCACCUCCCAUAAUCAUGGAGUUUAGUUCUUUUUCUUUUUGCUUCUUUUAAUGUGACACUGCCUUUAUCAUCAUAUCAGGAUAUUAAUUAAUCUUAGUUUUUUUUUUUUUUUCUCGGUUCUACCUA